CUCAGCGGAGCGGCCGAGGCCGGACGACGCGGCCGGGAACGCAGAGCCGCGAGCAGCCCUGGGUAACGGCCGUGGCGAGCGCCUGGACGGCGCCAGUCCCGCCGGCGGGCUUUCCUGUCGCCGUUCGCUGCGUUGCGGGAUUUUCCUGCUGUGGGUUAACCUAGGAGGUCAGAUGCUCUAAGUGAACAUGUUUAGUGCUGUGCCUGACAAAAGCAAGCAAGAAAUCAAAAUGGGACCUCCUUGAGGACAGGCCUGUCUUGCAUCUGUGUCUCCAGCACCUAGCCUGGAAUAUACUUCUCGGUGAAUAUUUGGAUGAAGCCAUUAAAUUAAUUGUUUGCCAUCAUGAGCAGAAGCAAGCGUGACAGCAAUUUUUAUAGUGUAGAGAUUGGAGAUUCUACAUUUACAGUUUUGAAACGAUAUCAGAAUUUAAAACCUAUAGGCUCAGGAGCUCAAGGAAUAGUAUGUGCAGCUUAUGAUGCCAUUCUUGAAAGAAAUGUUGCAAUCAAGAAGCUGAGCCGGCCGUUUCAGAAUCAGACUCAUGCUAAACGGGCUUACAGAGAGCUAGUUCUAAUGAAAUGUGUUAAUCACAAAAAUAUAAUUGGCCUUUUGAAUGUUUUCACACCACAGAAAUCCCUAGAAGAAUUUCAAGAUGUUUACAUAGUCAUGGAGCUCAUGGAUGCAAAUCUUUGCCAAGUGAUUCAGAUGGAACUAGAUCAUGAAAGAAUGUCCUACCUUCUCUAUCAGAUGCUGUGUGGAAUCAAGCACCUUCACUCUGCUGGAAUUAUUCAUCGGGACUUAAAGCCCAGUAAUAUAGUGGUAAAAUCAGACUGCACUUUGAAGAUUCUUGACUUUGGACUGGCCAGGACUGCAGGAACUAGUUUUAUGAUGACGCCUUACGUAGUGACUCGCUACUACAGAGCACCUGAGGUCAUCCUAGGGAUGGGCUACAAAGAAAACGUUGACAUUUGGUCAGUUGGGUGCAUCAUGGGAGAAAUGAUCAAAGGUGGUGUUUUGUUCCCAGGUACAGAUCAUAUUGAUCAGUGGAAUAAAGUUAUUGAACAGCUUGGAACACCAUGCCCUGAAUUCAUGAAGAAACUACAACCAACAGUAAGGACUUACGUUGAAAACAGACCUAAAUAUGCUGGAUAUAGCUUUGAGAAACUCUUCCCCGAUGUACUUUUCCCAGCUGACUCGGAACACAACAAACUUAAAGCCAGUCAGGCAAGGGACUUGUUAUCCAAAAUGCUGGUAAUUGAUGCAUCUAAAAGGAUCUCUGUAGAUGAAGCCCUCCAGCAUCCAUAUAUCAAUGUCUGGUAUGAUCCUUCUGAAGCAGAAGCUCCACCACCCAAGAUACCUGACAAGCAAUUAGAUGAAAGGGAACAUACAAUAGAAGAGUGGAAAGAGUUGAUAUACAAAGAAGUUAUGGACUUGGAGGAGAGAACCAAGAAUGGAGUUAUACGGGGGCAGCCCUCUCCUUUAGGUGCAGCAGUGAUCAAUGGCUCUCAGCAUCCAUCGUCAUCAUCGUCUGUCAAUGAUGUGUCUUCAAUGUCAACAGAUCCGACUUUGGCCUCAGAUACAGAUAGCAGUCUGGAAGCAUCAGUUGGACCUCUGGGCUGUUGUAGAUGACUACUUGGGCCUUGGCAGGGGGGUGGGGGGAUGGGGAGUCGUUUAGUCAUUGAUAGAACUACUUUGAAAACAAUUCAGUGGUCUUAUUUUUGAGUGAUUUUUCAAAAAUGUAGAAUUCAUUUUGUAGUAAAGUAGUUUAUUUUUUUUAAUUUCAAGUGAUGUAAUUUAAAACUUAAGUUGUGUUUUAAAACAGCAACAAAACUAUUGUAUUUUUGCUGUAAUUAACUGUAUAAUGUAAACCUAAUUAUUUUAUCAUGGUUUAAAUUUUUGCAUAUUUGCUUUAUCUUAUGCUGCUGAUUUUUUUUUUACUGAAUUUGUAAGAUUUUGUUUAUCAAAGCAACUAUUAUGUGGUGACUUGCCUAUAUCAUGAAUUAUUUAAGAUUUUUAUAGGUUUUUUUUAUUAGAAUUUUAUUUCAAAUGUUUUGUUCAUGAUGCUAUCCUUCAGGGUUAUGUGCUUAUCAAUGAAAUAACCCCAGAGGAGUGAGGGAAAAUAACCUGUAGCCAGUUGUAUUCAGGAAUAACUACUGUAAAUGAUGAACGUGUUAAAAAACCUCCAAUAUUUGCUACUUGCCAAUCUUAAUUUAAUUUCAACAAUUGGUAGGUAAUCCUACAUCCUACAUUGUUUUUUGGCAAAAGCCCCAUCAUCUAAAUGACAGAAUAACUCAGAGCAUGUCUUUGAAGAUGCUGGGCGUCUACCACCACCCUCCUAUUCCCUGCCCCACCCCACCCCACCCCACACAACAGAAGCCAAGUAAAAAGAAUAUGGUAUUUUCUGCAAAUUUGUGGCAUGCUCAAAGAUUAUGAUCACAUAAAGUCAAGAGGAUACUUCAUGAAUAAUACAUUUCAAUGCAAAUAAACAGAUGGUUCACUUCUA